AUGGCUGCGUCUACGAGUCGACUGCGAUUUCUCUAUUCCUCCUCAAAGACUGUCCCUCAGUCUGGAGUUUUUGCUCCUAUCGGCUCUCGUGGCUAUGCUACAGCAGACCCCUCGCCGUCCGCCACAAGUUCCCCGACGCCCGCGCGCAAACGGACAACCUUCAAGGAUAAGCUGAACGCAGGCCCUUCCUUUGCAGAUUUUGUCUCCGGAGGAGGCGACAAUGCUCCCCUCGAUCCGUCUGAGGCGUACGCCUUGAAGACUGCCCUUGUUGGUCCGGCCGGCCGCAAGAAGGAGAUGACCCGUUUGCCGUCAUGGUUGAAGACUCCGAUUCCCGAUUCCAAGAACUACCAGCGUUUAAAGAAGGACCUGCGAGGUCUCAACCUGCAUACUGUCUGUGAAGAGGCUCGCUGUCCCAACAUAUCCGACUGCUGGGGUGGUGGUGAUAAGUCGGCUGCUACAGCCACAAUCAUGUUGAUGGGUGACACUUGCACCCGUGGUUGUCGCUUCUGCAGUGUGAAGACAUCCCGAGCACCGCCGCCUCUCGACCCGCACGAACCGGAAAAUACCGCUGAAGCUAUUUCGAGAUGGGGCCUGGGAUAUGUUGUUUUGACAAGUGUUGACCGAGACGACCUCGUGGAUGGUGGUGCUCGACACUUUGCCGAGACUGUGAUGAAGAUUAAAUCGAAGGCACCCAACAUCUUGGUCGAAUGUCUGACGGGUGACUACGCGGGAGACUUGGAAAUGGUUUCUCUCGUUGCUCGAUCGGGAUUGGAUGUAUAUGCACACAAUGUUGAAACCGUCGAAGCCCUGACUCCUCAUGUUCGUGACCGUCGCGCCAAGUUCCAACAGUCCAUCCGCGUCCUCGGUGCUGCCAAGAAGGCCAGACCAGACCUCAUUACCAAGACUUCCCUCAUGCUUGGUCUUGGAGAGACAGAUGAGCAAUUGUGGGAUACCCUCCGCCAGCUCCGCGCCGUCAACGUGGACGUCGUUACAUUUGGUCAGUACAUGCGUCCCACGAAGCGCCAUAUGGCCGUCCACGAGUAUGUUACACCAGAUCGAUUCGAACUCUGGCGCCAGCGCGCUCUCGACAUGGGCUUCCUCUACUGCGCAUCAGGCCCACUUGUCCGCAGCAGCUACAAGGCCGGUGAAGCCUUCAUCGAGAAUGUAUUGAAGAAGAGACGGACCGGAGCGGGAAGACCGGAGUCGGUCACGGAUAGGACAGUUGCGGUGGAUGAGGCAACGCGCUGA